AUGCAGCAGGCGCUGUUCCUCAGCCAGAGCCGCCAGGAUGGACUGUAUGAGACGGCAUUCACUUUCCGGCUCACCGCAGCCUCCGGACCAGUGGAUGUCGAUCAUCUGCUUGCCGCCUGGAACCACGUUGUCGACCGGCAUGCGAUGCUUCGAACCGUCUUUGUCGAGCGUGCCCGGGGAGAUGGGCUCUUUGACCAGGUGGUGCUGCGACGUGUCACGCCGUCGACAAUCUGCAUUCGGCCCGACUCUGUGUCUGCCCUAGACGCCCUCGAGCGAUGCCCUCGAAGCUCGCACGGCGGCGACGAGAACACUCUUCGUCCACUGCACCGUCUUGUUGUCUGCGAGGCACCCUCGAAGGAGCUUCUGGUCCGCCUGGAAGCCAGCCACGCCAUCCUCGACGCAGCAUCCAUCGGCUUGAUGGUGCGAGAUCUGCAGCUCGCCUACCAGAACCUUCUCCCCGAGGCACGCGCGGAUCCCUACAGCGAGUAUAUCCGGUAUAUCCAGGACAAGCCCGAGGGUGCUGCAGUCCAGUACUGGACGACGCACCUCGCCAACGCACAGCCCUGCAUCUUCCCCUCGACCUGGAGCAACGAGCCCCCAGUGCUAGAGUCCACAGAUGUCGAGCUCACCGUCUCCCUCUCCCAACUUGCCCAGCUCGGCGAGACCAUUUCCGUCACGGUUCCCAACAUCCUACGUGCUGCAUGGAUCCUUGUCCUACGAGCAUACACUCUCAGCGAAGAUGUCUGCUUUGGUUCUCUUGCGUACGGUCGAGAUGUACCAGUGAGGGGGAUCCAGGAGAUUGUCGGACCCUUUAUCAAUAUGCUGGUCUGUAGACUGGCAAUUGAGCCAUCGGAGACUCUCGCCACGCUCGUGCAAAAGGUGCAGGGAGACUACGCCGCCGCGCUGGAGCACCAGCACUUCUCGCUCGCCCAGAUCCAGCAUGAACUGGGGCAAGCUGGCCAGAAGUUGUUUAACACGAUUUUGUCAAUUCAGCAAGGCCCAUCGGGCAGCUCCCAGGAUGCAGAAUUGAACUUUGAGAACGUGGACGCAUAUGACCCCACCGAGUUCGACCUCACAGUCAACGUAACCACGAUGGAGGAUUCCAUCCGCAUAUCCCUCAGCUAUCUUUCCCCCGCGGUCUCGCCGUGGCAGGCGCAGAACGUGGCCGGCACGUACGCGCAGGCGCUGCAGAGCAUGGUCGACGCCCCAUACCAGCCAGUUGCCGACAUCGCCACGUUCAGCCCCGCAAACGAGCAGCAGCUUACGGCGUGGAUCAGCGCGAUGCCUACAGCUAUCGAAGACUGCAUCCACGACUUGUUUUCUCGAGUUGCUGCCGCGCAGCCGUCUGCCCCUGCGGUGGCCGCGUGGGAUGGCUCCCUGUCGUACACGGAGCUUGACGACCUCUCGACGCGAGUCGCCAUGAAGCUGGUGUCGCUGGGAGUAGGGCCAGAUGAUCUGGUCUUGCUCUGUUUUGCAAAAUCCAUGUGGGCGGUUGUGUCCAUGCUUGGGGUGUUGAAGGCUGGAGGAGCCUGCGUCCACCUCGAUCCUGCACAUCCGGCCGAUCGCUUGAGUCAGAUUACCGCAGACACCAACGCAAAGGUCCUCUUAGCCUCAUCCGAGGCCAAUCACAAAAUCAUGAGUGCAAGGCAUCAAACCGUUGUGGUCGACGCGGCUGCAACCGAGUCCAUGCCAACGGCAUAUCCCCUCAACCGCCGCCAGCUUCCGCAGCCUACGACACCGGCAUUCGUCAUCUACACCUCUGGCAGCACCGGGGUCCCCAAAGGCGUAGUACUGGAGCAUCGGACAGUCUGCUCUUCAAUGCACGCACAUGGAACAGCACUGGGGAUCCAACCUGGCACCCGCGUGCUCCAGUUCGCCGCGUACGUCUUCGACAUCAGCAUCCAGGACGUGUUCACCUCGCUCACGCGCGGGGCCUGCGUCUGCGUGCCCUCGGAGCAACAGCGCAUGGAUCUGAGCGAGCUUGCCGCGUUUAUCCGCGAGAAGCAGGUGAACUGGAUGGGGCUCACACCGACGGUGGCGCGCCUGCUGGACCCUGCAACGAUCCCAACCGUCAAGACAUUAACCUUGGCGGGUGAAGCCGUAGACCAGGCGACUGUGGAUCGCUGGAGCAACGCCGGAUUGACUGGAUUCCACAACUGCUAUGGGCCUGCAGAGUGCACCGUCUACUGUGCGCACAAUUCAGCUGUUGGGGCCCGUGGCCAGAGCGCGGCGAAUAUCGGACGCGGCCUGAACAGUUUGCUCUGGGUGGUGAGUCCACAGGCGCACGACCAGCUGGUGCCAAUCGGGGCGAUCGGUGAGCUUGUCGUUGAAGGGCCUCUUGUUGCCCGCGGCUACCAUAACGAUACCGCAAAGACAGAAGCCUCCUUUAUUGUUGGUCCGCGGUGGGCGGACCGUUUCCGCCCUCAGGGCUGCGGUGACGAGCGGAGGAUGUACAGGACGGGGGAUCUGGUGCGAUACAAUCCGGAUGGGUCGCUGGACUACCUGGGGCGGAAGGACACCCAGGUCAAGAUCCGUGGCCAACGCGUCGAGCUUGGAGACAUCGAGCAGCGGAUCCUGCCUGCUCCGGACGUGCAGAAUGGGCUGGUCGUGGUGCCCAAGGCCGGUCCAGGCAAGGGCCAGCUCGUCGCGGUCGUCGCAUUCCAGAACAGCCCAUCCACCGGGGGAGUAUUGGAGAUGGUAGCGAGAGACGAAGACACCAACGCAGCCUUGGCUCGACUCGGCGAGAGCAUUGCAGACAGCCUUCCUGCCCACAUGGUUCCUCGCUUCUGGCUGCCUGUGGCGGGGAUCCCCCUGAAUCUGUCUCGCAAAGUCGACCGCGCGCGCAUCGCCCGCUGGGUCGAGCAGCUCGACGAGGCCUCUUUCCGCGACGAGCCGGCCGACUCUGCGCCAGCAACGGCGAUGGAGGGCCGGAUCCAGCAACUCGUGGCCAGGGUUCUGGGGAUGCCGCUGGACAGCGUCAGCAUGAGCAAAUCCUUUAUCAGACUAGGCGGCGACUCAAUUACCGCGAUGCAAGUGGUGGCCAGAGCCCGGGAGGAACGAGGGAUCCGGCUGCGCGUCCGCGACAUUAUGAGGAGCAAGUCGCUCGUGCAUCUGGUCUCGCUGGCCGGUCGCCACACUGCAUCGGACGAAGCCUACACGGAGUCUGGGGAGCCUGUCUUCGGGCUCUCCCCCAUACAGCAGUUCUACUUCGACUUGGCAGACCAGACGCCUUCCCACUACAACCAGAGCUUUCUCGUGCGGAUUUCGCGGACCGUCAAGGGUUCGGCCGUUGCAGCAGCCCUGGAUUCAGUGGUGCAGCGACAUGCGAUGCUGCGGACCUUGUUCUUCCAGGCGGAUGGGCGAUGGCAGCAGCGUGUGCACUCUCCGUCCUCCGCAUAUCGUUUCCGAAUUCACACCAUAAACACACAGGAUGAGGCCGACGAUGCUAUCCUCGCCAGCCAGAGCAGCAUCGACAUUCACAAGGGCCCGAUCUUUGCCGCCGACCUGCUCAACCACACCGAGGACGACGAGCAGCAGCUCUUCCUGACGGCACACCACCUGGCCAUCGACCUUGUCUCUUGGAGAAUUGUCCUUGCGGACAUGCAGGAUAUUCUUAUGACGGCAAAGCCCCUCCCCCAGCCCCCGGUGCAAUAUGCAGCUUGGGUUCGGCUGCAAGCGGCCCAGGCAGGGACUGCCGCUCUGCUCCCCGAGCGCGUCCUUCCCUUUGAGGUCGCCGGGGCGGACUAUGCGUACUGGGGCAUGCAGAGCAAGCCGAACCGCUACGGGGAUGUUGCGCACGCAGUGUGCGAGAUGGACAAGGAGACCAUGAGUACAGUCCUGUCGAGGGCUUACGAGGUCUUCCGAGCAGAAGCCACCGAUAUCUUCCUGGCUGCCGUGCUCUUCUCGUUCAACCAGACCUUCUGCGACCGCAAACCACCCACAAUAUUCACCGAAACGCACGGUAGAGAACUCCCCGAUGAAUGGGAUGCCGACAUGGAUCUGACCGGGACCGUCGGGUGGUUUACUGCGCUGGGCCCUUCUUUCCUUGCCCGCGACGAGGCGCAGGACAUCGUCGAGGCCCUCCGGCUCAUCAAGGACCAGAGACGCCAGCUACCGGCCAGCGGAACAGCCUACUUCAUGUCGCGAUUCGGCGACCAGCGGGGACGCACCGCGUUCAAGAGCCACAUGCCCAUGGAGCUGCUGUUCAACUACCUCGGCCAGUACCAGCAGCUGGAGCACGACGACAGCCUGUUCCGCAUGGUCUCCAAAAGCCCUAGAACGGCACUGAGUGAUGUACAUCCGCAGAGCACGCGCAUGGCGCUGAUCGAAGUGUCUGUCGUCGUGACUGCAGGCUCGACUGUGUUUGACUUUGCGUACAAUGCCAACUCCAACCGCAAGGACCAGAUCCAGACCUGGCUGCGAAACUGCGAGAGCUGCCUGCGGACCAUGGCGCGGGAUCUUGCGGAUCUCGCACCCCAAAGGACACUUAGCGACUUUCCUUUACUGGACGUCUCGUACGCAGAUCUGCAAAGCAUCGUACAGACCCGCCUCCAGCCCAUGGGCAUCGCGAGUCUGACCCAGGUCGAUGCAAUGUACCCAACCUCGCCCAUCCAGGACGGAAUCCUUCUGGCACAAGAUCGCUCCGAGGAGGCCUACAACGUGCACUUUCAAUAUGAAGUCUCUCACCUCCGCACGGGCACCUUGACCCUGGUGGACCAGAAUCGCCUUGUGCAGGCCUGGCACCAGGUGGUGGCCAAGCACGAGAUCCUGCGAACCGUCUUCGUCGACGCAGUCGCGGAAGGCGCAGUAUUCACCCAGCUGGUGUUGCAGGAGCCUCAAAUCAGCGUCGAGCUCGUGCCCGCCUGCGAUGAUGACGAAGCGUUGGCCAUCCUGUCCCAGCCUGCCCAGCACACCGCGGGCGACAAGGGAUCGCCGGCGCACUGUUUGCGAAUCUGCCAGACGAAAUCCGCACGGACGCUGUGGAAGCUCGAAAUCAGCCACGCGCUCAUCGAUGCACAGUCGAUGGCCAUCGUGCUGCAGGAUCUCAAGGCCGCAUACGAAACCGGCACCCUCGACGGGGACGGAUCGGUGUAUUCCGCGUACAUUCGCUACUUGCAGCGUUGUCCGGCCCACGCUGCUUUGGACUACUGGAAAGCAUAUGUACGAGGGCUGGAGCCAUCACAUCUUCCUACAAACAGCAGCAGCAGCAGCAGUGGCGAUGAGCCGAAACAUGAGCAGCAACAUGUGGAGAUCAACCUGUCGACAGUCGCAGCCCGACUCAGUGCUUUCUGCCGCGAAAACGAAGUCACCAUGUCGACCGUCUUCCAGGCCGUGUGGGCGCUGGUCCUGAGCUGCUACACCGGUGAUUCAGCCGACGUGUGCUUCGGGUAUCUCUCGUCUGGCAGAGACAUCCCUGUCGAGGGGAUCGAGUCUGCAGUGGGCCCCUUUAUCAACAUGCUCGUCUGCCGCGCGGCGACAGGUGCAGACGUCCGUGUCAACCAGCUGUUGAAGCAGAUCAAGGACGACUAUCUCGCCGGCUUUGAACACCAGCACUGCUCGCUGGCGGAGAUCCAGCACUCUCUGGGGCUGGCGGGCCGACGCCUCUUCAACUCCAUCAUGACCGUCCGACACGAUACCAGCGAUGAGUCUGCGGGCGACCCCGAUGGCCUCACAUUCAAAUCCAUCGGCAGUCACGAUCCGACCGAGUACGAGAUGGUGGUUGGGGUGGUCAUCUCCGAGACGAAUCCGCGCUUCUCGCUCACGCACCAGAGCCCCGUCAUCUCGUCGUGGCAGGCCCAGAACAUCGCACAAGCCAUGCAGACGGCGCUCGAAUCCUUCCUGACCAACCCAUACGCAGAGCUGCAGAGCAUUGAUCUCGUUGGGGAAGCCGCGCAGCAUCUCAUCGAAGGGUGGAAUAGCCAUCUACCCACAACGAACCGCGCGUGCGUCCACGAUCUGAUUGAACAAACGGCACAGAAGCAGCCUUCUGCGAUUGCCCUCUGCUCUGCCACGGAGCAGAUGACCUACCGCGAGGUGAGCGAGCUGUCCACCCGGUUGGCGAGACACCUCCAAUCGCUGGGCGUGGCCCGGGGCACAUUGGUCCCGAUCUGCAUGGACAAGUCGGUGUGGGCCGUUGUCUCUAUGCUGGCAGUCAUCAAGGCAGGGGGCGCGUACGUGCCAAUCGACCCUGAAUUGCCUGUCAAGAGGCACGAAGGGAUUCUCGCCCAGUUGCCGUCGCAGGCUGUCUUGCUUACUUGCCCACACACCUCCUUCCACGCCCGAUUCAGGGGAGUCAAACUCGAAGUCACACCGGAGAUGCUGCACGGUAUCAGAAUAUAUAAUCAGCAGCCGCUCCCCUCGGUGCAUCCGACCGAUUCAAUAUAUGUGCUGUUUACGUCUGGCAGUACCGGAGAGCCCAAAGGCGUGGUCGUCGAGCACCAAUCGGCAGCGACCAGUCUGGUCAACCACGGCGCAGCGAUGAACCUGAGCGCUGAUUCUCGAGCCCUGCAGUUCUGCGCCUUCUGGUUCGACGUCAGCGUCUGCGAAAUCUUCGGAACUCUGCUCCACGGCGGAAGUGUGUGUAUCCCUCGCGACCAGGACCGCAACCUGGACAUUGUGCAGUUCAUGGAUGAGAUGAAAGUCAACUGGGCCUUCUUCACUCCCUCAUUCGCCUCGCUCAUCCAGCCAACGCAGGCGAAGCAUCUGAAAACACUGGUUCUGGGCGGCGAGGCGAUUCGAGCGUCGAAUAUCAGAGAGAACGCGGACAAGGUGGAACUGAUCAACGGAUACGGGCCCACCGAGGCAACGAUUUUCAGCCUCGUCCACCAUAUCAAGUCGUCCAACGAGGACCCCAAGGUCGUUGGUCGGGCCGUUGGCUGUCGCGUGUGGCUGACCAGAGUCAACAACCCGCACUGCCUCGCCCCCCUGGGAAGUGCCGGAGAGCUCCUGAUCGAAGGUCCG